AGUCUUCUACCCUUGAAGACUUGAAAGAAACAGAAAAGCAUUAAAUAGCUCUCCUUUCAGUUGGGGAGUAGUGUUGUUCCUGGUUUUCAUUGCACAUCGCACAUUCUUAUUUAUUGUUCCCAACAACUUCUCUCCUGCCUCUCAAACCUCACCUCACCUAAUCUCUUUCUCUCUCUCCUCUCUUUCUGAGGUAAAAAGUUAAUAGAAAAUUCAGCUUUGACAUAGAAGACUGCAUCUUUGCGGACAAUGUCAUAUUUCUUCAACAAGACAACAUUUUCCGGGAAAAUUUCCUGACUUUCUUCCGUUUUCCGUGGAAGUUCCCAGAAAGGAUUAGUGGGUUUUGCUUAGAACUUGUUUUCCGACAAUGGGUAAUCGAUUUACUUGCAUGUCAAAGAAGGAUACUAAAGAUAUUGGAUCCAGAAGCAAGAGAGUAAAUCGCUCACAGAGGAAACUGCUGGCUGAGGAAGAGUUCUUGCACAGGCAAGCUCUGUCUAUGGCUCUUCAUCAGCACCAAUUGUCUCAGAGGUUUGACGGAUCCAUGUCUAGAAGAAUUGGGUCCACAAGCUCUAGGAGACUCGCUGAUCCAUUCGCUAAUGGGAAGCAGGUACCAGAAUCUUUGGAGAAUAUUAAAACAAAAAAAUUUAUUCUGGUACAUGGAGAAGGGUUUGGAGCAUGGUGUUGGUACAAAACAAUUGCUCUACUAGAGGAAGCAGGAUUGCUUCCGGUUACCUUUGAUCUCAAGGGUUCUGGUAUUGAUCUUACAGAUACUAACUCUGUUGCUACGCUGGCAGAAUAUUCAAAACCAUUGAUUGAAUAUCUAGAAAAUCUUGAAGAGGAUGAAAAGGUUAUCUUGGUUGGUCACAGUAAUGGAGGUGCCUGUGUUUCUUAUGCACUAGAGCACUUUUCGCAGAAAAUUUCAAAAGCAAUUUUCAUCUGUGCUACUAUGGUGUCUGAUGGCCAGAGACCGUUUGAUGUGUUCGCUGAAGAGCUUGGUUCUGCAGAACAAUUUAUGCAAGGGUCAAAGUUUUUGAUUCAUGGGAAUGGAAAAGACAAGCCUCCUACAGGAUUCAUGUUUGAGAAAGAGCAGAUGAAAGGGUUAUAUUUCAAUCAAUCUCCUGCAAAGGAUGUUGCUCUGGCCAUGGUUUCCAUGAGACCUAUCCCACUAGGCCCAAUCAUGGAAAAACUGUCAUUGUCACCCAAAAACUAUGGAACUAGCCGGCGGUUCUUCAUUCAAACAUUAGAUGAUCGGGCACUUUCCCCAGAUGUCCAAGAAAAGCUAGUGAGGGAAAACCCCCCAGAGGGAGUGUUCAAGAUAAAAGGCAGUGACCACUGCCCAUUCUUCUCAAAGCCACAAUCACUGCACAAAAUGUUGGUGGAAAUUGCUCAGAUUCCAUAGCUUUAAAUAUCAGAAAUUGUAUUCCUUUGUUUUACCUUUGAGUUACAUAACAAAAACGUAGCUGAUUGCUUAGUUCUAUGAUGUUUGGCCAUGGUUGUAUGUAGAACAAGGUGGCCCAAUUGCUUGUACCCAAUUUCUACUUAGUAUAUAGGCAAAGGAAAUGCUGAUUUACACUAUACAAAAGCAAUCUCAUCUAGUCAUGCUCGUGGUUUGUUGCGGAUAAGGCUCAAGAAGCUUGAAUUUACAACAGUGGUCCUUGUCCUUGCAUUGUACGCUUCAUUACAUUGUCACCCUAUUCAUUAAUAGCUCAAGUUUUUGAGGUUA